GAUUUUGUUGAUUUUAGGUGCUUAGAAAUGAGACUUUUUCUGCAAGUAUCUUGUAUAAAAACUCAGCCGUUGUCAAGGGGAGAACUUUGAAUGCCAAUAGAUUUGAAUUGAACUGCAGGAGAGAUAAAAAGCUUGAUAUAAGCACACUUGCCUUGACAGAAACUGUAGCUGAUUGCCUGACUGACAUGGAGGCUAAAGAACACGAGCCAAGCAUUUCCACAAUUUUGAUGAAUUUUGAGAAUCAGUUUGACCCUUACAUGGCAAUGAGCACACCACUGUAUCAAACAGCCACAUUCAAACAGCCUUCAGCAACAGAAAAUGGCUUGUAUGAUUAUACUAGAAGUGGAAAUCCUACACGGGAUGCUUUGGAACGCCUCUUGGCGAAGCUUGACAAAGCUGACCGCGCCUUUUGCUUCACGAGUGGAAUGGCUGCUUUGGCUGCUGUCACUCAUCUUAUUGGAGCAGGUGAGGAAAUUCUUGCUGGUGAUGAUAUUUAUGGUGGGUCUGACCGAUUGCUAUCUCAAGUGGUUCCAAAGAAAGGGAUUAUUGUCAAGCGCGUAAACACCACUGAUUUGGAUGCAGUUGCUUCAGCAAUUAGUCCAAGUACAAAACUUGUAUGGUUGGAGAGUCCAACUAACCCGAGAAUACAGAUUUCAGAUAUUAGGAAGAUAGCAGAGUUGGCUCAUGCUCAUGGUGCGCUUGUUUUAGUGGACAAUAGUAUCAUGUCUCCAGUUUUAUCUCAACCUUUGGAGCUUGGAGCUGACAUUGUCAUGCACUCAGCUACUAAAUUCAUAGCUGGACAUAGUGAUGUCAUGGCAGGAGUUCUUACUGUGAAAGGAGAAAGGUUGGCAAAAGAUUUGUAUUUUAUACAAAAUGCAGAGGGCUCCGGCUUAGCUCCUUUUGAUUGUUGGGUUUGUUUGCGUGGUAUAAAGACCAUGGUCCUACGGGUGGAGAAGCAACAGAGUAAUGCCCAGAAGAUUGCUGAAUUUCUCUCUUCCCAUCCCAAAGUGAAGAAAGUUAACUACGCAAGCCUUCCAGGUCAUCCAGGUCGUGAUUUGCACUUUUCACAGGCUAAGGGUGCAGGUUCUGUGCUUAGUUUCACAACUGGGUCACUAGAGCUGUCUAAGCACAUUGUUGAGGCUACAAAGUAUUUCAGCAUUACUGUUAGUUUUGGAAGUGUGAAGUCCCUUAUAAGCAUGCCUUGCUUCAUGUCCCAUGCAAGCAUACCAGCUGCAGUGCGCGAAGCCCGUGGCCUUACUGAGGAUCUUAUUCGAAUAUCGGUUGGGAUUGAAGAUGUCGAUGAUUUGAUCGCUGAUUUGGACAAUGCCCUUAGCACGGGACCAUUAUAAGGGCUCAUAUUUCCUGUUCCUUUUGAUUUUAUUUGUAUUUUGUUAGGAGUGAAACAAGUUUUCAAAUAACUUUAUUUGUAACCUUGGCUUUAGAUUGUGAUUUCUGUUAACUAAAUUGAAGGGUUCACUAUGCCAGGAUUAUUUUAAUUGAUUUCAAUUAAAGUUUUUUUGAAAAGACCUUUUA